ACAAACUGGUUAUCACUUAAUAGUUAAUACUAUGAGAAUUAGAAGUAAUUUUGUUUUACAAUAUUCCAAUUGGUCCAACUCUCAAUAUUACGCCAUAUUUAUUACGCCAUAUUUAUUUAUGAAUACCUUUGUAGACAUGUUGGGCAUUGUCCGUGGGAACAUAACAAUGACGUGUGUGUAUAUACUUCAAAUUUUUUUUAAAGAUGUUCCCACUCUUAUCUCCCAAGUAUAAAUAUUCCAACUGAUCUCUGUUCUUACAGGUAACCCAAAUAAAUCCCAAUAGUUCAUAGGAAAUUCUCUCCUAAACAUUUUGGUUGAGGUUUCAUAUAAUCUAUCCGAUUGUUUAUGAAAUCUCAAUAUUGAAACCAAAUUCACCCUUUUUUUUUUGUCUUUUCUUGUCUAUUGUUGUUUUUUAUGCAUUUCUUUCUGAGUUUUAGGCCACAACGUUAAUUCUUUUCUCAAUGUCGACGGAUUGUGCCGUUUCGGUGGAAAUCGUUGGAUGUGAUUCUGCACCGACAUCGGCUCCAGAAUCACCUAAAGACAAGAUAAAAUUCUUGUGUAGCCAUGGAGGAAAGAUUGUCCCACGGCCGACCGACGGCCAUCUCAAAUAUGUGGGCGGGGAGACGAGGGUUAUUUCCGUCCCACGAGACAUUAAAUUUCAAGAAUUAAUGAAGAAGCUGACGUACCAAAUGGAAGGCGGCGAGAUGACUCUGAAGUACCAGCUAGUGCCGGAGGAUCUGGACGCCCUAGUUUCGGUGAAAUCCGACGAAGAUCUCCGCUACAUGAUCGACGAAUGCGGACGGUGCGUAGCCGACAACGGCUCCCCGAGGCUGAGAGCCUUCCUGUUCCCGGCAAAGCCGAUUUUGCUAGACUCGCUAAACAUCUCCGGCGAGGCCGUAGAACAGCGCUACAUCGACGCCAUCAACGGCAUCGUUCGCGCCGCCGCAGUAGGGUUAACAAAGCCUCCGGCGGCGGCGCGUACUAGUCUCGGCCAAAAUCACUCGGUUUUCUCCGGUUCAUCCGGCUGUUCUUCUCCGAGAUCUCCGGACGACGACGGCGGAGGAUGUGUGUGGAGCGGCGGCGGCGGCGGGGGGAAGAAUCGGAUGCAUAAGGCAACAUCGCCAUGGAUAUCAGAGUGGAAGCAAGCCGACAUUGGAUCAUCUCAGAGGGGUGAACAGGUUGGUUUCGGGUAG